CUGCCACCACUGCAGUCGCUUCCGAGCGGUGCUGCCCAGGUUUCCAGCCGAGCCUCUUUCCUAGCCGGUUCCCAGCAUGGCUGCCCCCAGGGGCGCGGGUCGUGGAGCCGACGUGCUCUCGCUCUCCUGACAGUCCCUGACUUCUGUGCUCUCCUUGUUGUUCCUCAGACCGCCACAGCAGACAUGUUUGCCAAGGCCUUCCGGGUCAGGUCGAAUACGGCCAUGAAGGGGUCCGACAGGAGAAAGCUUCGGGCUGAUGUGAUGACUGCUUUUCCCUCCCUGGGAACUAGUCAGGUCUCUGAAUUAAUUCCUGGAAAGGAGGAACUCAACAUUGUAAAGUUGUAUUCUUGCAGAGGGAAUGCAGUGACUGUGUACGUCAGUGGUGGCAAUCCCAUCCUAUUUGAACUGGAGAAAAAUCUGUAUCCAACAGUGUACACCCUGUGGUCCUAUCCUGAUCUUCUUCCAACCUUUACAACAUGGCCUCCGGUACUUGAGAAAAUGGUGGGGGGAGCAGAUUUGAUGCUGCCGGGACUAGUGGUUCCCCCUGCUGGUCUGCCUGAGGUACAGAAGGGAGACCUCUGUGCCAUUGCCUUGGUGGGGAACAGGGCCCCUGUUGCCAUUGGGGUUGCUGCCAUAUCAACAGCUGAGAUGCUAACUGCGGGCCUGAAAGGAAGGGGCUUUUCUGUGCUCCACACAUACCAGGACCAUCUGUGGCAAUCUGGACAUAAGUCCUCCCCUCCCUUUAUCGCACCACUGACCCUGGAUGCUCCAGAACUUAGUGAAGAGAAGGGAUCUGUCCAGUCAGAUUCCACUCUGCAAGGAGUCAUGAGGGGCCUGACUCUGGAGGGAGAAGAGGAGGAGGAGACUGAAAAGAGUCCUCAGAUAUGUGGAAUGGAGUCCCCGUCAGAAGCCUCAGAUGAUCCCACAGACAGCAGGACACAUCAAGAGAAAAUGGAUGAACUAUUACUGCAAUGCUUCUUGCAUGCUUUGAAGUGCCGAGUCAAAAAGGCUGACCUCCCUUUGCUCACCAGCACACUCCUUGGCAGUCAUAUGUUCUCCUGCUGCCCCAAAGGACAACAACUGGACAUAAAGAAGUCUAGCUACAAAAAGCUCUCUAAGUUCCUGCAGCAAAUGCAGCAGGAGCAGAUUUUACAGGUGAAGGAGCUGAGCAAAGGGGUGGAGAGUAUUGUAUCUGUGGACUGGAAACACCCAAGGAUUACAUCUUUCAUCAUGCCCGAGCCCUUCCAGACCUCCCAGGAGGAUGACAGGGAACAGCCCUAUCACCCUCCAGAUAUAAAACCCCUCUACUGUGUCCCAGCCAACAUGACUCUGCUCUUCCAGGAGUCUGGCCACAAGAAGGGGAGCACUCUGGAGGGCAGUGAGGUCCGAUCUGUCAUCAUUGACUACGCCAAGAAAAAUGACCUAGUUGAUGCAUAUAACAAAAAUCUUGUGAAAUUAGAUCCUGUCCUAUGUGACUGCCUCUUAGAGAAAAAUGAACAGCACAGUAUCAUGAAGCUUCCGUGGGAUAAUCUUCUGGCUAGAUGUUUUGAAAAAUUGCAGCCUGCCUAUCAAAUGACUUUUCCUAGACAAGAGCCCAUUGUGAAGAAGGGGAAGAUUUGCCCAAUUGACAUCUCCCUGGCACAGAGAUCUUAUAACAAAAAGGUGACUGUUGUCCGGAACUUAGAGGUGUAUGGUCUGGACCCGUGUUCAGUGGCUGCCAUCCUCCAGCAGCGAUGCCAGGCUAGCACCACUGUUGCUCCUGUUCCUGGGGCCAAGGAUAGCCUACAGGUCCAGAUCCAGGGAAACCAGAUCCACCACCUUGGUUGGUUGUUGAUUGAAGAAUAUCAGCUUCCUCGAAAAUAUAUCGAAGGCCUGGAAAAAGCCCCCAAACCUGGCAAGAAGAAGUGAAACACAGAGGACCCUGUCUAAGCUGAGCACUUUCUGGUGAUAUUGUGAGCUUUUCAGCUUUUACAAGUAAAAAAUAUAAUUCUUUACCACAAUAAAUUUUUAUUCUCAUCUAAA